GGUGUUAUUUUUCAAAAGAAAUGUUACAAAAAUGGUGGCCCGGUGGGUGGUGGGGCCUUAGUUUUCCAAAUAUAUUUAAGACAAAAAGAGCGCACAUGGAGGAAGCGGGAAAUUUUUUGGGCCCUUUGCCGGAGAAAGCUUGUCGGAGAAAUAAGAACCAUCGGAGCAACGGUGGAGAUUUGAAGCUGAUGAUUAUCAUUGAUGAAGUUUACUUUUGGUCUAUAGUGAAAAAAUGGGCAUUGACACUUUUAUGAAAUCGGGGGCCAAAUCUCCUUACUCCAAUUACUGCUGAGUUGGUGCGGAAAGUUUGGUAUCUUCUUCCUCGCGAAAACCCUAAACCCUUCUUCCUCUCUUAGCUCUUCCGCAUGGCGUCGUCCUCUUGUCUUCCUUUGGUUUCUGAGAAUUUCUGUGAAGAUUAUGAUGCAAGAAGCUACCUAUCACCCUUGAGGCCGGAUCUUGAUGCUACGACCUCUGAAGAUCAAGCUACUACACAGCACAAGAGAAGAAAAAUUGCCUCUGAUGCUGAUUUUUCAUCUCAUGAUGAUUUGAAGGAGCUCAAAAAUUCCUUUCCGACAUUGCAGUCUCCUGAUUAUUAUAUGUCUCCAAACUUGGAGGAGAUGUCUAUCCAUGUUCUGAAAGAUCCCAAUUAUACUAGCCAAGUGUUAGAUUUUACAAUAGGACGUUGUGGUUAUGGAUCUGUUAAGUUUUUGGGGAAGACUGACGUUAGAUGGUUAGAUUUAGACCAAAUUGUCAAGUUUCAUAAGAAUGAAGUAAUUGUGUAUGAAGAUGAAACUACCAAGCCUAUUGCUGGUCAAGGCCUUAACAAGCCUGCUGAAGUUACUUUGGUUCUCCAGUCAAUAACAACCAGCUCUUUAGGGAGGCAAUUUGAUAAUGUUGUGAAGAAAUUGAAAUACUUUACUGAGAGACAGGGAGCUCACUUCAUUUCAUUUGAACCAGAAAAUUGUGAAUGGAAGUUCUCAGUUAACCAUUUCAGCCGGUUUGGCUUGACAGAAGAUGAAGAAGAAGAUAUUGUAAUGGACGAUCCUAAUGCAGUGCAAGAACCUGCAGAAAUCAACUGCAACGAGAUAUCUGAAAAUAAUGAAAACAGCCCUAUGGACUUCACCGAAUCUGUGCUUUGUCAUUCCCUUCCCGCACAUCUUGGGCUUGAUCCAUUAAAGAUGAAAGAAAUGAGAAUGGUUAUAUUUCCUGAAAACGAGCAGGAAUUUGAGGAUUAUAAUGAAUCCCCUAAAUUUCAAAAAUCAUUCACAGGUAGAGAAUAUAUGAGAACUCCUUUUAAGGAUUCUUCUCAGAGGACGAACCAAAAAUUAAAUUCUCUAGUUGUCAGAAAGACUCCACUAGCAUUACUUGAAUACAAUCAAGGUAGCCUUGACUCAAAUUCUCCUGGUUCCAUUUUGAUGUCCCAACCAAAAAAGGUUACUCCUGUUAAGCGCUCGAAAGCAGAAGGUUUCAAGCUAGACCUCACACAUGAAACUCCAAUUACUCUAGAUCAUUCUUGCAACAUAGUUGAUGCAGGUUUGUUUAUGGGUAGGUCAUUUCGAGUGGGGUGGGGCCCUAAUGGCAUCCUAGUUCAUAAUGGAAAUUUGGUGGGGAGUAAGAAUUCACAGAGGGUCCUUUCUUCCAUAAUAAAUGUAGAGAAAGUUUCCAUUGACAAUGUGGUGAGAGAUGAAAAUAGUAAAAUGCGUAAAGAAUUGAUUGAAUUUGCUUUUGAUCUUCCUUUAAAUUUACACAAGGAAAUGAAUCAUGAAUUUGAAGAAGAAGUGGGAUCCUUCAAUUUGAAACUUCAAAAGAUUGUCUUCAAUCGUCUAAUGCUUUCAGAUAUUUGUAGGGGCUAUAUAGAUAUUGUUGAAAAACAGCUCGAAGUUCCUGGAUUAUCGUCUUCCACUCGUUUAGUCUUGACACACCAGAUAAUGGUCUGGGAAUUGAUAAAAGUUCUUUUUUCUGAAAGGGAAAAUGUUGGGAAUAGUUUCGACGAUGAUAAUGAGGAAGACAUGAUGCAGGAUAUAAAAGAAGAUUCACCGGAAUUUGACUUGGAAGCACUCCCUCUUAUUCGGAGGGCUGAAUUCAGCUGUUGGCUACAAGAGAGUGUUUUUCCUCAGGUGCAGUAUGACUUAGGUUCAUUAAAAGAUUCCAGUUAUCUUGAACAUAUAUUUCUUCUCAUGACUGGGCGGCAGCUGGAUGCAGCAGUGCAACUUGCUUCUUCUAAAGGUGAUGUGAGACUUGCUUGUUUGCUGAGCCAGGCUGGUGGAUUCACUGUUGGAUCCACUGUGAAGCGGAAUGAUGUUGCUCUACAACUUGAUAUUUGGAGAAGGAAUGGAUUGGAUUUCAACUUUAUUGAGAAGGAACGGACACAGUUAUAUGAGUUGCUGGCAGGGAAUAUAUUUGAUGCUUUGCAUGACUUUGACCUCGACUGGAAGAGAUUUCUAGGGCUGUUGAUGUGGUAUCGUCUGCCACCAGACACCACUCUUCCUGUAAUAUUUCACUCUUAUCAGCAUCUUCUUAAGAGUGGAAGGGCUCCACUCCCUGUUCCAGUUUAUGCUGAUGGGCCUCAAGAACUGGCUUUGAAGUCUAAUACGAAUGAAUGUCUUGACCUCUCAUAUUUUCUCAUGCUGCUUCAUGCUAAUGAAGAUCCUGAAUUUGGCUUUCUUAAGACCAUGUUUAGUGCCUUCUCAUCAACAGAUGACCCACUUGAUUAUCACAUGAUCUGGCAUCAGCGUGCAGUGUUGGAAGCUAUUGGUGCAAUCAGUUAUAAAGAUCUGCAUAUUCUUGAUAUGGGAUUCGUUUCUCAAUUGCUGUGUUUGGGGCAAUGUCACUGGGCCAUCUAUGUGGUCCUUCACAUGCCCUUCCGUGAUGAUUUUCCACACCUCCAGGCUAAAGUUAUCAAGGAAAUACUAUUCCAAUACUGUGAAAUAUGGAGUUCACAGGAAUCGCAAUUUGAAUUUAUUGAGAACUUGGGUGUUCCAAGAAUAUGGCUACAUGAGGCUAUGGCCGUUUUUUUCAGUUACCUUGGGAAUCUACCAGAGGCCCUCGAACAUUUCAUUGAAUGUAGAAAUUGGCAUAAAGCUCAUACUAUUUUUACAACUUCAGUUGCUCAUAAAUUAUUCCUUUCAGCUGAGCAUUCAGAUGUAUGGAAGUUUGCUACUUCAAUGGAGAUGCACAAGUCUGAAAUAGAAAAUUGGGAAUUCGGUGCUGGAAUUUAUAUAUCAUUCUACUCUCUGAGGAGUUCUUUGCAGGAAAACACUGAAGGGAGUGUACUGGAUUCACUUGAGAGUAGAAAUGUUGCUUGUGGAGAAUUUAUCGGUCGACUUAAUGAAUCAUUGGCAGUUUGGGGUGAUAGAUUACCAGUUGAGGCAAGAGUUGUUUACUCCAAGAUGGCCGAGGAGAUAAGUAGAUUACUUCUAUCAGAUAUUGGGGAGGGUUCUACUCGUGAUGCUCAGUUGAGUUGCUUUGACACUAUAUUUUCUGCCCCAAUGCGAGAGGAUCUUCGCUCAAGUCACUUGCAGGAUGCAGUUUCUCUUUUUACUUGUUACCUGUCAGAAAUCUCAUCAUAGUCUUCACCACUUUUUCGAAGCUUCGAUUUUUAACCGGAGGUUCGUGUUUUUGCAUAUAGUCAUUGCCUCUAUCCUUUGAUGUAUACAUUUGAACAAGUAGACGCAGGAGUGAAAUUUUGCAGACCCCCCAUGGCCCAACGAACUGCAGAAAAGGUUUGUGAUUCCUGAGGUUUCAAUAUUAACAAUCAAUAUAAAAGCAAAGUUCAAAGGAACGAAAUAAGCUGUUUUUAUAAGCCAAAUUGGUAUUUGAUUGAAGUAUCUAUACCUUCUCUUCGAGUGGUUAGUACAUCUCAAAAUUAAAAAGUUAUAUUAGCCUUGUAUUUCCCAUGAACAAUUUAUCGAAUUUCACACAAAUUUAUACUGAUUAUCCCUUGCAGUACAA